AUGUCCUCCGGUUGCUUGCAGGCGCUGAGCGAAAAUGCCUUCUACCGGCUGUGGGCUGCGCUCGGUGACGGCGAGUCCUUCCUGCACCUCGGCGCGUCGAAGAAGUAUCGAGAACUGGCUUGUUUGAUCCAUCAGACCUUGGAUCACCUGGAGACGGAUCAGCCGCAGGUGCUGGAAGCAGUUUUGCGCCAGUAUGCAGAGUGUGUGGAUGACUGCAUCUACCGCUGGGAACGGGAGAUUCACAACAUGCACGACAUGGUCACCGGAGAGGCAACAUGCGACGAUGCCUUGGAUGCAGAGGAUGCCAUCCUCCGCAUGCUUUACAACGAGCGCCGGCAGAUGGCGGAGGGAGUACUCCACUCCACCAAGGGGGCUCUCCAGAGCGCAGCAGACAUGCAUUUCGAGAGCCACUUCUAUGCAAGCGUCCACUUUGGCCUCGCCGAGCAGCUCACCGCACGCCAGGACCCACAUCGGCUUACCUACUUGACCAUGGACAGCGGCUUGCGGGCCGAUCAGCUCAAGGCACGGCUGCUCGCUACCUACACGCCGACCCGGAUCCGGGAGGUUCUGCGCCGCGAGGUCUUGGAGUCCAAGGCCAAAGGGUCCCAGGCUCUCCGCGAGAAGCUCCUGGACUGGCUCAAGGUGCAGGUACCUCCUGGCUUCCGCACCGAAUUUUCGGAAGAAAGUCGGAGGGAGGCCUGGCUGCACAGCUACUGCCACGACGAGGAGGGGCGGAUGACUGAGGAGGCUCUGAAUUACAUGCUCUGCCGCAUGCAUAUCUUGUCUGCAGACAGCCUGGUCUAUGCCACCGCGGGCCACUCCGGGGAGUUGAAGCGCCAGCUCCCCUCCACGGGACUCGAGCCUACAGGCGAUCGUCACCGGUGCAGGGUGUCUUGA